AUGAGCUACCAGUCCACCGCCGGCAAACAAUUCAUUCAAGACGCGUACUGGCCCGAAGUGCGCCGCCUGAUCGAGACCACCCUUCCUUCCGCCGCCCGAGUCGUCCCGUGGCACUUCAGUGUGCGCAACGCCAUGCCAGGCUACCAUCCCGAUGAAGUCUUCUUCAUGAAAACGGGCGUCGCCCAGCCCCAAGCGAACCUCCACUCCGACAACGACCACGUCACCGCAGCGGCGCAUCUAGUCCGGAUCUUCGGCGAAGAGGCGGCUGCCGAGCUGCUCACCAAGUACAAGCGCUGGUGCAUGGUUAACACCUGGCGGCCGAUCGGCGAACCCGUGCAGUCCUGGCCACUAGUGAUUGUCGACCACAGCAAAGUGUCCAACUGGCAGUACGAGACGCACGUGACGAAGAUCCAUCGCAGUAACGACUCGUCGUACUACAAGAAGUAUGACAACUUUCUCAAGCACGAUCCGGAUUAUGUUUAUCGGUAUGUGAGUCGGCACGCGCCGGACGAGGUCAUCAUGUUCCGCGACUACGAUUCGAGGAAGGAUCGGUACAGAGGAACGCCGCAUGGGGCGUUUCAGGAUGAUCGGACGCCGGCGGAUGCGCCGCCUCGCAGGAGCAUCGAGGUGAGGUGUUUCGUGUUCUUCGAGGAGGAUAAUUGA